GAGCUUUUCUCGAAGAAAUUGACCGUCGAAACACGAAGGGAUCGCGAGCGUGCCCGACAGUGCACGAAGGGUCGGCCGAUCGACGAGCAGGAGUCGGAGCGAUGGAGGUCAUGGGGGUGAGCAGCGCGGCGUCGCGUACUGCCCUCAGCUCUGGAGUCGGAGGAGCGAUUGGAAGCAGCAAGAAUUUGGCGUCUCGGUCGCAACUCUGGGCCCAAAAGAAGCAGCAGCAGCAACAGCGUAGGGUCGUGAAGGUCGAGGUCGUUGCCGCAGCGGAGGGCGGGGUGUUGAAGUCCGUGGGCAAGGUACUUUUGAGGCAGAGGAAUUUCGUGUUUCUGGGUUCUUUGGCUGCCGGGUUGGCCAGUGUCGAGGGUGCUUUGGCUUUAAGCUACGACGAUGUCGUUCAAAGCGCGGGGGAUGUCGUGGACAGCGCUUCCGAUUCGGUUUCAUCUGCCCUUCCUUCUCUCCCCGACCUGCAGUUGGACGUGGAUACGUCCGGGCUUACUGACUUCAUCGCCGAUAACCCGCUUGCAAUCGUCGGAGGCCUUGUCGUUCUCGCUUUGCCCGUGAUCGCGUCCAAUGUAUUCAAGAAGCCCCAAGCGUAUGGUACGGUGUCGGCCAAGCAGGCGUUCGAGAAGCUCGGUGACUCUGAAGCUGGGACAUCGAUGCUCGACAUCCGAGUCGGCGAUGACAUCCGGUCUGAAGGAACUCCCGACCUCAGGAGCUUUAGGAAGAAAGUGACCCAGAUUCCGUACGACGAUGAUUCGGACACUUUCGUGACCAAGGUGACGGGCAAAUUCAAAGAUGCCGAGAACACCACGCUCUACAUUCUGGACAGAUUUGACGGAAAAUCAAUCGCCGCUGCCAAGCUUUUGGUUCAAAAUGGCUUCAAAGGCGCUUACGCCAUCAAGGACGGGGCCGAGGGUCCGACCGGUUGGCAGAGUAGCGAACUGCCCUGGCUUAUGCCUCGAAAGGGAUUCACUCUUAACCUCGGCAGUCUCAAGGACGUUUUUAACACGGACGAUUCAAGCAUAGUGCCAGCCACACUCGGAGUUGCGGCAGCUGCUGGUGUCGGACUUGUCGUUUUCUCUGAGGCGGAGACAGCAUUGCAGCUGCUCGGGUCUGCGGCACUAGUCCAGAUCUUUGUCAAGAAGCUUCUCUUUGCCAAGGACCGAAAGAAAACCCUCGAAGAGAUGCAGAGUUUCUUGGACACGAAGAUCGCUCCAAAGGAAUUCGUCGGAGAAUUGCAGGGCAUCGGAAAGGUAUUCCUGCCUCAGUUUGAAGAGGUCAAGGCGGCCACAGCGAAUGGAGCCGCCACUGUGGAGAAAUCCAUCGAGAAGGAAGCACCGGCAAUGGUUGGAGCACUGAGCGUCUCCGAACCCAAACAGGUUGAGGCCGAGGCAGCUGCCCCUGCCCCUGCCCCUACCCCUGCUCCCGCCCCCGUCGCUGCUGCAGCUGUGGAGGCCCCUGCUGCCCCUGCUGCAUCGACGGAGACCGUCUCCGCUCCCAUUGAGGUCCCAGCUGAAUCAACCUCUCCGUCUGUCGAAGCCGCUUCCGAGUCAAAGGUGGAGGAGAAACCUGCAGAGAAGGAGCUUGUAACCGCUCCCAGCACGAAGUCGACAGAUCUUCCCAGAGCCAACAGGCCGUUGUCACCCUACACUCAGUUUCCUGGCAUGAAGCCACCCCCUCCUCCGUCAAAGCCUUGAGCUUUCUCGAGCUCUCGGAGUCGGUGUUACAACCCCAUACAUGUCAUCACAAUUGGAUGGCGCAUUGUAUCAUUGGUUACCCAUCAUAGCUGUAUGGAGAAUACCCCUUUUUUCCUGCAUUCAACCCAUAAUGCCAAGAACUCGAGGUAAAUGAAAAGUUCUUCUUUGUCAUCGCAGAAUGCUUCCGCUGAGUAUACAUAUGUAAUUCGUAUUUGUGAGUGUAUAGACACAGGGUGUGGGAGCGCUCUCUGUAGAGGUUGAUUGUGGUCUUUCUGCUCUCAUUAAGAAAAAAAUGCAGGAAGUUGGAUAGGAGUAGCGUAUUGUUAGCGAAUUUGCUGAGGCAAGUGUGUCAUAUCGGGAGUCGUGUAAAAUCAGAAACUUUUCUGCCCUGUAAAACUGUCUUAGAUCGCGUCACAAUUAAUAAACGAGCUUUUCACCGCC